ACAGUCUCUCUCCCUCCUCUCCCUGUCUGCCUCUCCUCUUCCUCCUCUUUAAGCCUGCUGCAUCACAGGAGCUAUCCAGUGCUGAACAGGAUCGCUUUGAGUUUUUAUUUUUUUAUUUUUCUCCAGGGGGAGCCGGGGGAACCAGAGAGCAUCACUGGUUUUCAUUUUUUUGUUCUUGUCUUAUAUUUAUGACCACAUCAUCCAGAAGGAUUACCGUGAAGCCAGCUCUGCUCGUGUGCGUCUUCGGAGGGUCUUUCGUUUAUCUUGCUCAUGCGUUUUUCUCCGCUCUGUGUUUCCAUCCAUUAAAACAUGCCCCGCUCGUUUUUGGUGAAGAAAAUCAAGCUUGAUGAUUUCUCUUCAUCCAACGUGGUCACCUCCAGUCACCAUCAGCACCUGGACGACUCGUUUACUUUCGCCCGCUCCAUCACAGACUCGGUGACCAGCCUUGGGGUUCGCCUCAGUGAGAAUGGAUACAUCCAGGAUUACAUCACGCCAUCUGUAUACCAGGGGGAGAAGAAGAUGGAGCAUAAGCUGGCCUCUCCGGUGUCCGACCCCCUGUACACCCAGGUGAACAGUGCAGGGGAGUACUGCGACCCUGACCUCAAACACCCCGACAGUCCACAGUCUGGCAUGACGGCGAGCGGCUUCUACACUGGUGAAUCGGAGGCCCUGGCCGAGGGUUACACCAUGGAUGCCUUCUUCAUCUCUGACGGGCGCUCCAGGCGAAAAGGAGACGGGGAGGCUCGUGGGGGAGGCUCGAGAAGCAGCAGUGCAAACGGCGGAGCUCAGGAGAGAGGAGUUGGUGUGUCUCGCCACACCUGCAACGAGUGCGGAAAGACGUACGCCACCUCCUCCAACCUCAGCCGACACAAGCAGACGCACCGAAGCCUGGACAGCAAGAUGGCCCGCAAGUGUCCCACCUGUAGUAAAGUGUAUGUGUCCAUGCCGGCGUUGGCAAUGCACAUCCUCACCCACGACCUCAAGCACAAGUGCGACGUGUGCAGCAAGGCCUUCAGCCGGCCCUGGCUGCUGCAAGGUCACAUGCGCUCACACACGGGGGAGAAGCCCUUUGCGUGCGCCCACUGUGGCAAAGCCUUCGCUGACCGUUCAAACCUCCGCGCCCACAUGCAAACACACUCUGCCUUCAAGCACUACCGAUGCAAGCGCUGCAAUAAGACCUUCGCUCUCAAGUCCUACCUGAACAAGCACUACGAGUCAGCGUGCUUCAAGGGCUCUGCAGACGAGGACGACUCUGGAUCAGAAAACUAACCACGAGGAAGAAGCUAACCGUUUGAACACAACCAAUAACCCUGUUCACUCUGCCCUCCAUGCCUUGUUUCUUCCCUUUUUUUAGAAAGCAAUAUUUUCACUGAGAUUACGUGAAGAAACUUUACUGAUUAUGGCAAAGACAAUUUCAAAAGAUGCUGGAUUUUUCCCCUGCACAGUAGCUAAUCGUCCACAGAAACAAACAAUCAAUCAAUCAACCUUCCUCAAAGUAGAGACUGUAGAUGAUAGUUGAACACAAAUCAGCAACAUGCGCUGACACUGGCGAGGGAACAUGUAAACACACACAAACACACACACACACAACUAUAUACGAGGCCUGGCAUGUGAAUUUUUAUCAAUGACUAUAAUAAUAUUGAUAUCAAUAGUAAUAUUUAGAUUCCUGAUAUUUUAUAGGAAAUAGUAACAAGAAAAAGGAAAAAAAACAUAAAAAGGACUAACAGUGUUUUGUUUUUUAGAGACAAAAUGACCUCUUGUAUUUUUAUGCUGCUUUUUAUUUGCUAAGAAUUGAAUUCUUUUGCAACUGCCAACAUAAACUUUUUACAAAAAUGUGAACUAAGACAGUAUUUGCAAAAAAGGAGAUCAUUUUAAAAAGGUAGAAAA